AUGACUGCCGAUCGAGUGCAAGUUGUUUUUAUCGGCGCUGCCGGUGAAAUGUGCCGUGUGGCAAUCGAACGUUUUGCUAUGGCAAGCAAUGCCUCACUUGUUCUCGCGGACAUCAAUACAAAGGCUCUAGAGCCACUCGUCGCCAAGCUGCCCAGCGAGCGUGUCAUCACCCAAAAGCUAGAUCUAUUUAAUGAAGCCGCUUUGGAUGAGAUAGUUCAGGGUGCUUCUCUUGUUGUUCUUGGAGCAGGGCCCUAUUCACGAACAUCCAAACCGGUUUUGGAGGCCUGUCUAAAGCGGAAGGUGCCUUACCUUGACUUUGACGAUGAUGUAGAGAGUACCACGGCUGCUUUGAGUUUACACGAUCUAGCCAAGAAGGCGAACGUUCCGUUCUAUAUUGGCUGCGGCGCCUCGCCAGGGAUGAGCAACGUUCUAGUUGUUGAUGCAACUCAGAACCUUGACACUGUUGACACCAUUGACAUUUGCUGGCUAGUUGGUGAUGAGCGUCCAGGUAUAGGGAAAGCAGUACUUGAGCAUCUCAUGCACAUUGCUGCCGGUCCUUGCUUAACCUGGGCUAAUAAUAAACCGACUCUUAAUGAAAGUUGGGUCGAGACAGCGUAUGCUCCUAUGGUUGGUCAUGUUGGAGAGACACUCUUGCAUGAGACAGCACAUCCAGAGCCUGUUACUCUCCCGCGGAUCUUUCCUAGUGCUAGUCGAAUUCGUUGCCUAGGUGGCCUAGAUCCCGCGCCCUUCAACGGCAUUGCUCGUGGGCUUGGUGUUGCAGUCCGUCGUGAAGCACUAUCUCUGAGUGAGGCCGUCGACUUCGUAUCUAAUUUGAUUAAUAAUCCUCCCUCCACCAGUGGAUGGACUGAAAUGUUCAGUGGACUUAGCGCACACAUGCGCGGUGGGGAUAUCAGCGUCAAGGAGCUGUGGCAGCUAGUAUCAUACGGUGCCCAUGCUUUAGGGCCAUGGCGCUACGCUCUCAUGGGCAUGAUUGAUCAAAUUAGGAGCGGUGAAUGCACAACUGGGGAGAUUCUGAGCUUUGUUAUCUCCUCCGUCCGCGGCCAGACAGCGCAAUACCGUGGCAGUCUUCUCGUUCGAGCCGUGGGUACUCGCAAUGGCCACCCCGCGAUGGUGAUCAAGCGGACAGCAAAAUGUGGCAAAGACUCCUUCCUAAUGAAGGACAUGGCAGCUAUUACUGGCAAUGCAUGUGCUGCCUUCAUAAUAAUGGCACUUGAGGACGGCCAGAAACGGGCUGGCGUUUUUGCACCUGAAGAUUGGGCGGCGCCUAAUGUCUUUUACAGCGCCCUCGAGAAGUUCGGUACUCCGCGAGAAGAAAUAGUCGAGUCUCUCAUAGCUUAA